CAGUUUCAGUAUUACCUCACUGAGUGUCGCUCCCUCACUCUCUGAACUCUCUGUUCACACUGAGCUGCCUGUAUCACAGGAUGACCCGCUGGACUCUUCUCGCUCCCGUCCUGCUGCUCCUGCUGGGCCUGUUCAUCCACAGCGCUCUCAGUCAGGAGGCCGGAGACCCAGCAAAUGCACCACCCACACAAGGCCAAGCAGCUGACAGCACACAGGGAGAGGAUGAAGACGCGGACUGGGGACUAGGGACCCUCCGCGGCAGCUUUGAGGCCGUCGGCGGAUACUUUGACUCCAUGCUGGAGUUCAUGGGCGGACGUGACGGAGUGUGCCAAUACCGCUGCAGAUAUGGUAAAGCUCCUGUUCCUCGUUCGGGCUACCAGAUGCCAGAACCAAAUGGAUGUAGCUCCUACUUCUUCGGUCUUCCUAUUCCAGAAGGGAUGGACAUGGGCAUCCCUGCCAUGACUAAGUGCUGCAAUCAGCUGGAUAUGUGUUACGACACCUGCGGCUCCAACAAGUAUCGCUGCGACUCCAAGUUCCGCUGGUGCCUCCACAGCAUCUGCUCAGACCUCAAGAAGAGCCUCGGCUUCGUGUCCAAAGUGGAAACAUGUGAAACUGUAGCAGACACCUUCUUCAACACAGUGUGGACUUUAGGCUGCAGACCGUACAUGAACAGCCAGAGGGCAGCAUGCUACUGCCCGGGAGAGGAGAAGGACGAACUUUAGAUGAACAACAGGAUCUUCUGUAUUUAUAAAACAGCGUCAGCAGCGACCACAUUCCCGGGUGAUUUGCUCCGAGUUGUGGUGUUGUAAAGGUGGAGUAAUUUAUUAGGAAGUUCUUGCUUUUAUCGUUUUUCAAUUCCUUAUGAAAACUGUAUUUGUGUACGUGUAGUGUUGGUUUAAAACAGUCUGUAAUGACACAUGACGGAGUUUCAGAGGCAGUAACUGGUUCACAGCACAGCUGCUAAAUGUUAUUAAAAAAUAAAUGUAAUUCUUUUAUUUGAUGGUGCAUUACUGACAAAGUCAGCCCUUAGUUAAAGCCAUAAAAAUACAGGAGAACUUUUGUCUGUAUGUAUGUGAAGUUUCUUCCUGUUAAAAGGGAGUUUUUCCUUCCCACUGUCACCAAGUGCUUGCUCAUAGGCUUUCAUGCGAUUGUUGGAGUUUCUUUCUAACACUGUCGGGUCUUUACCGUACAAUAUAAAGCGCCCUGAGGCGACUGUUGUAGAGAAUUGGUGCUUUAUAAAUAGAACUGAGGUGAACUGAAUUUCUUUUGCAUUAAAAACAGUUUCAAAGAUAAACAAA